AUGUCAAGCUCUGAGAAGGGCGAGGCGUUGAAAAGCCAACAACUAUAUGCGUGGAAGGCUCCGCUCACAAUGUGCCUCAGUAUGAUGGGCGGGGUCGGCUUUGCAGUCGGUCAUCACUGCUUCUACGGGCGCCUCGCCGGAACGCCGCCCUCAUCAGAGACCUACUACGAUUUGGGCGGCGCUACCAGCCAGCAGCUCAACAUCGCCCUCGGAACACUGUUGGCUUCCAUGUCCAAGAUUCUCCUUAGCAUAGCCAUAUCCACGGCGCAAGAGCAGCACGCAUGGAGUGUUCUCAAAGCCCGCCCUUCAAAGCUCCGUUCAAUUGACGGCUUGUUGGCCUCCAAGUCGAAUGCUCUGAACAUACUAGAUGCCAGGCUCUGGGUGCUGUACCCACUUUCCAUGUUCUUGUCGCUUCUCUUCUGGCUUCUCCCAUUCGCCACGCUUCUUACUCCGGCGACGUUGACCGUCAAGGCAGAUGUGGCAAGGGGCAUGAUAAUCGGCCCGGUUCCCAGUAUCGACUUCACUACUGAGGCAUUUGCACGACUCACAGACGGCACGCGUACCACAACCUACUCAGGGCCGAGUGAUGGAGUCAGAAGAGCAGCACUCAGCUCACUCAUAUCAGGCACCAUCACUCCGAUGGCUUCUACCUACAUUAACGCCAGUUGGAUUUUGAACCUCGAAGCCCCAGCCCUCCGAUGCUCUGCUCUGGGUGCAGAUGACGAAUUGCGCAUCAAUGUCACCAAAUCAGCAACUGAGCGCUGUUCCUCUUCUGGUUAUUGUUAUCGUUAUAUCUCCUGGAUCCCAGGAUCAACUACAGAUCUUUCACCAUUUUUGCCGGAAAAGAACGGUGCUACGAGAGACGCAAUAUCUGGGCCUCAGGAUGCCCCAAUCUCCUUAUACGUUGCUGAACCCCAGGACAACGGGUCGAUUGAAUCGUUUACGAAAUGCACCUUGUAUACCGCCUCAUACCAUACUGAGUUCAUGUACCGGUCCGGAGUUCAGGAGAUCAGGGCAAUGACGACCAUGAAUAAGCCCAGUGACCCUUGGCUUCAGGCCGUAGGUCCCCCAUCGACAAGAACCUUUAGAGACGGCGUCGGGGUACCCUUCCAAGCGGUCAUGGAUGCAUUUUCUUCAAUGCUGGUUGGAAGCGCGUAUAUCAGUCGUAACGGUCCGGGCGCUCAGCGGUUCAUUGAUACGCAGGUGGGCAUAACAAACCUGGCAAAAAACUUGAAGUUCUUUGGAAACCAGUCUGGCAAUCACGACAUUGCUACGUUGCUGGAGGAGAUGUUUCUUAACACGACAUUGAGUCUAGUAUCUCAAACGGAACUAAAAAGUCCCAACGAGCCGAUCCAAGCCAACAUCGAGACGGAAGUAUACCAGAACGUCUACACUUACUCGGUAGCCCCCUUAUGGAUAGCCUACGGGGUCGCCGUGGGAAUAACUAUCCUGUCCAUUACCAUAGGUACUUGGGCGGUAGUCGUGGCAGGCUCUUCGUACAGCAGCAAGUUCUCGACAAUUCUGCGCCUUGCCUUCAACGUCCGCCUGUCCGAGUACGUCGAGCUUCAGGACACUGGCGGCGAAGAUCCGCUGUCGGAUCGGCUGGAAAACACGAUUGUUGCAUUCCCCUCAAGGAAAUCGAAGGGCGCGGAGGUUAAUGGCUCACUGUUGGAUAAUAGCGAGGAGAGACCAUCAGGGCCUUGAGGAAGUGAGUGGAAAGAAUGAGCUUUUCCAUACACGCUUGAUUAUAAGUUGAUGCUGUUGUCGUUCAAAGACAGGAGGAUCAUAGCCCCUACAGAGAACAGGAGGUGUCUGUUAAUUAUAUACGAGCUAUCACCAGUCUUUUAGGACUUGAUAUACAGACAAACAGGUUACGGGACAGUGCCUGACCGGUCAAGCAUAUUGGGCUAUAAUAACGGUACAGUAGGGAGUUAUGAUUCAAUCUCAGUUACCCUGAGACCGUAAGUCUCAGCCUCUCCCC